AAUAUUUUAACAAUCCAUGAAUUUUAAUAGUAUAAAAUAACAAUGUGAUAAUAAACCUCAUUAAAAAAAGAAUUUUCUUCAAAUUUCUGUCAAAAUCGGAUCAAUAUUUGGGAAGGUAAUGCAUUAGUUUCAGGUCAAGGCGGUAAAAAACAUGCUUGGUAAUAUAAAACGAUAAUAAUACGAUUACUUCGAACGCGAAUGUGGUAAGACCGUUUAGCCUUGAGUAAAUAAUGAUUUAACAGAUAAAGCAGAGGACUUGGCGCUUUGCAAUUGCCUAAAUUAAACUGUGCACCAUGAAUAUAACAGCUAAACCCUACUCACCCAAUGUGUAUUGAGAAAAAAUUAAAUUAGCAACAACCAAUAAUAAGGUAAACAAUGUUUAUAUUUUACAUUUCACGUCAAAACACGAGAUUUCCAAAACUUAACCUCAAUUUUUGACAAUUGUCGUGUGGUGCACGUCACGCAACCUUGAUGGCGCUGCGGCGCGCCAAAUUCAAACCAAAUGAUAGCCAUGAAAGUUUAAAACUGAUAAGAAUGUUGUAAUUAGAGUUAUCGAAAAUGUUUAGUUGACGUGCGUUAGCGAGGGACAUCGGCUGACCAGUCGAGGCCACGCGCGUUUUUUUAAUUCUGGCAAUAUUUCAGUUAUAGGUGGGUCAGGCUAAAAUUAGUGGAUUGUGUGAAAUUUUGGUGCGAUGUCGGCGAACGAGAGGAGAAUUGCACGGUGGUAUUUCGGGGGGCUGGCGUCAGCGGGAGCGGCGUGCGUAACGCAUCCGCUGGAUUUGAUUAAAGUGCAACUGCAAACGCAACAGGAAGGAAAAGUGUCCAUUUUCAAACUCACCACCAAUAUUAUUAAGAAAAAUGGCGUGCUUGCUUUAUACAACGGCAUCUCCGCCAGCCUGCUGCGACAGCUCACCUACUCCACCACCCGCUUCGGAAUAUACGAGGUGUGCAAACAAAACAUGAAAAGCGACUCGUUCGCCGCGAAAGUGGGAAUCGCCGCGUUUGCGGGGCUAUGCGGGGGAAUAGUUGGCACCCCUGCCGACAUGGUCAACGUGCGCAUGCAGAACGACAUCAAGUUGCCGCCCGAAAAGAGAAGAAAUUAUAAACAUGCGUUGGACGGUUUGAUGAGGGUUUACAAGGAGGAGGGUUUUAGAAGGAUGUUUUCCGGCGCCACCACUGCGUCGUCAAGAGCCGUUCUCAUGACCGUCGGACAAUUAUCGUUCUACGAUCAAAUAAAAAUGACAUUACUAGCCACUCCGUAUUUUGACGACAAUAUGACAACGCACUUUGCAGCUAGCCUUUCAGCCGGCGCCAUCGCGACAACCUUAACGCAACCUCUAGACGUGCUAAAAACCCGCGCGAUGAACGCCCAACCUGGGAAGUACAAAAACCGAAUGGCCAUCGUGAUGCACACCGCCAAAAUGGGCCCGAUGGGCUUCUUUAAGGGCUACGUGCCCGCGUUCGUACGCCUAGCGCCCCAAACCAUCCUGACGUUUAUGUUCCUGGAACAGCUCAGGCUGUACGGCGGGUGGAUUAAGCAAAAUUAGAGUCGUAGUUGAUACGUAGCCCAGGCGAAUCAGGCAUUAGCGAUAUAUGCCCGACGAGAGCUACAUAUGCUGGGCUGCCCCCUUUCUCACACCUAAAGCAUUUUGUUAGUAAAUUUAUAUAGUUUGCAUUUUUAAAGUCAUUGGAGUU